UGAGGAGACACUCUGCUGCUGCAGCCACUGAGAGGUUUCUCUCUGGUUUGUGGAUAACUGGAUGGAAAUGUCCGACCCAGUCAAACCUCUGACCUCCUUCCUCAUAGAGGACAUCCUGUCCACGGAGGACGGCACAAGUUUUAACAGCAAACGCUGUUCACAGAAGAGGGAAAGAUGCUCCCAGUGGGAGGAAGGAGCCGAGAAGUUGUCGGAGCAACGCUGCCGUCAAGAGACGGCGUUCGGAGUUCAGACAGCAUCUCUGGACCCGUCCCGGCCCGCCUCCUCCUCCGAGUCCGGCAGCUUCUCCUCCUCCACGGGGAAGCAGAAGCGCUCCAGAGCUGCGUUCACACACCUGCAGGUGCUGGAACUGGAGAAGAAAUUUAACCAUCAGAAAUACCUGUCGGCCCCGGAGAGGGCUCACCUGGCCGGCACCUUAAGACUAACGGAGACGCAGGUGAAGAUCUGGUUUCAGAACCGCAGGUACAAGACCAAACGGAAGCAGCAAACAUCCGAGUUCUGCAGGGACGUGUGCAAAGCAGAGGGACUGGGAGACGAGCUGCUUCGAUCGUCCCUGAUCUCGUCCUUCUGCAAAGCGUACCAGUACAGACCCUACCUGUGGGACUACAGCGGCCCCUGGGGGCCGACGCUAUGGUGACCGGGAAAUAAUCAGGCGGCUCUCAAGAGCCAUCGUACGUAAAGCUACGAAAAGUAACAUAAAGUACUGAAGUACUGCAUGGGGGAAGGUCGGAGUGGAUGGCUAGGUCAUAAAACACAGGGCUCUCAAUCGGGAGAGGCGUUCGAGUCCCGGGGGAAAACACAAGACUUUCACCUGAUGAACCAUUCACACAUAAAAGUUAAAGCACUGUGAUUCCUAUUUGUUUUCCAGCUAUAGGCGUAAUUUAGGAGGUUGCAACCCCCAAUAAUCAAAACUGGGCUUUUUCUGAAGUCUUUGUUCUUUUUCAGUUUUUUUUCAGUUAUUUUUGAUGCUUGUU